AUGGCUAAUGUGAAAUGUUUGAUUAUUGUAAUGUCAUGUCCAGCAGAUGAUGCUUCAGAUGCCAAGUCAGAGCCUGUUGAGUCUGCACCAGAAACGAUACCAGAGGCAUCACCUCCUGUUGUUCAAGAGAAGAAGCCUGCAGAGAAACAACCUGUUAAGCCAAAGUGGCUGAAAUUGUGA